GGCACCAAAUUUAUUCAGUUUCAAAGAUUUUUCAGCUGGAUAUCAGAGCGGGUGAAUGGAGAGCUUUUAGAAACGACCUCACAGCGCAUCCACGAGGUUCUCGUCUUCCGAAAUGGACAGAGCCUGAGAAAUGCCAGUGGCCUGACAGCAGCAGACAUUGCUCAAACCCAGGGUUUCCAAGAGUGCACCCAGUUUCUCUUGAACCUGCAGAAUUGUCACCUGAGCCGUUUCUAUGAUAACGGCCCGGUAAAUGGGGGCCAUCAGAGCCGAUUCCUUAAUCAUACUAGCGCGGGAACCAGUCGCAAGAGAUGCUUGGAAGAUCCGGAGCCCUUUGGAGUAAAGAAGGCUAGGACCGAAGCCCGGAGCUCGGGUCCCUGCAGGCCGCUGGGGAACGGCGACGCGGAUGACGAAGCUGACACGAUGCUGGUCGAUAGAGAGCUUGCUGCUGUAACAGAUAUGAAAAACAGUAGCCCCGUGUUGGAUACACUGACAAAUGGAUGUGUCAUCAAUGGACAUUUGGACUUCCCUUCCACGACACAGCUCAAUGGGAUGGAGAGCAGGAAUGACCAGUGCUUAUCAGGAUCUAAUGGAAUUAGCAAUGGAUUAGUUCGAGGACGGCCUUUUCCAAGUAGCCAGGGCUCUGUUUGUGUUAAUGGGACUGAGGACCCAGAAAAGACCAUGAGCGUUAAUGCGGAGAUGUGCGGCUCUCUGCACCUGAAUGGGAGUCCAAGUAGCUGCGUAGCUAAUAGACCUUCCUGGGUGGAGGACAUUGAGGAGAAUCUGCACUAUGGGCAUUACCAUGGGUUUGGGGACACCGCUGAAAGCAUCCCCGAGCUUAAUAGCGCAGCGGAGCACCCCAACUCCGCGAAGGGGGGAGAGAGACACGGUGGGGCUGCCCUGGGGGCCAUGCACCUCUACCACGGCUCGUAGAGACCAGCGGCCUGACGGUAUCUGGACGCACCCGUCCCUCCUGGUAGCCAGCUCACAAUACUCACGUAGCAGCCAUUGGAGGGAAUGCCACGGCUUGUGCUAUUUUUUUAUACUUCAGCUUUCUGAAAAAGUAAGCUUUUAUUUGAAGAGUUCCUCGUGAGUCCUACUGUAUGCACGAGUAGGACUGAUUGAGCGCCCAGGUGUUUCUUCCGUGGGGUGGCAAGCCUCUUUCAGAAUUUAAUUUUUCUGCUGCCAGCCUCGAUGUUUUCCUUUAAACACCGUCACCACAAAAUGCCAUCUUUCCUCUUGUCAAGUGAAAUUACAUCAGAUCAGGAUAAAUGAGAGGCAGUAGAUGAGGUGCCUGGUGACUCAACUCCUUGCACAUAGUCAUUUUGAAAAGCUUGCUUUUCCUCUUUCCUUUAGAAUUUAUGACCGAAGACCGCUCUUUCCCUAUGCAAAGUACAGCCUUACAAAGAUUUCUUGAAGAAAAGAACAUUUGUCUUUUUCAAAGUCUUUUCAUUGAAACUUUGCAACUUGCCAUGUGGUGGGGUCUCGCUUACAGGCACACAUGGUGAUUUGGGGAUGGAAGUGGCCCCUUCUUCAACGAUGUAGCUCCCUGCCCCGGGUUUCACUGAAAACACCUGCAGCCUGGGACUGACUUCUGACCCAUUGUGAUUUUAUUCCACAUUUCUUGCUUUGUCUCUACAGUUUUUACCACAGAUAACGGUUUCCUUUAUAUGUAGUGGAAAUUACUAUUUGUAGGAACUGUCAGGUCAGAAUAUUUAACUGACUAUUUUGACUUAUAUUUUCUUUUUUCCUUGUUUUCGUUUUGGGGGGUUUUCUGCUUUAAAAUAUAUACCACUAUGUAUAUCCAGUCCACUGAGAGAAUUUUGGAUCUCUCUUAAUAAAACUGCACUAAGUUUAUGGUUUUAUAGAAAUUAGCUUUUGUUUAAGCAGCUAGUGGUCACACUGUGCAAAUAUUGUAAUGAAUUUUUACUUUUCUGAUUUUUGUAAUAAAAAUUGGUGAAGACAGAGAAAAUGUCAAAUGAACAAGCCAAUGUUCUAAGAGUGUUACUAACAUCUUGUUUUUAAACUGUACUUUACAAAUUGAAUAAAAAACUCUCACACUCGA